AUGGAUCGAAAAUGGAUGCAUGCUAAGCGAUGUAGUGAUGGUUAUGAGCUAGGAGUAGAGGAUUCUAUUUCAUUUUCAGUUGAACAUGCGGAGGAUGAGAAUAAUAUUUUGUGUCCAUGUGUUGAAUGCAAUAAUAUGGUUCGACUUGGUGUUGAUGUUAUAAGAGAUCAUCUUAUUACUAAGGGUAUUAAUCAACUGUAUAAGUGUUGGUUAAGCCACGAUGAGAUUUUAGGGGAUGCUUCUUCUAACAUAGAUACUGGCAUUGGAUUUGAUACUUGGAUGGAAGACGAGACACAUGAAGAACUUAUGUAUGAUGAUGACGGGGUAGAAGAAAUGAUUAUUGCCUUACAAGAAAGCAUUCAAGAUCGUCCAGAGAUGUUGGAGAACUUAUCUAGUGAUGCAAAGAAACCAUUGUAUUCUGGAUGUUCUAAAUUUAGUAGAUUAUCUGGUGUGCUAAAACUCCUUAGCGUUAAGGAGAGUAAUGGCGUGACCGAUAAAUUCUUUACUGAGUUCAUGAAAUCAUUCCAUGAGAUUCUUCCAGAGGGAAAUCCUCUUCCUUCUCGCACUUAUGAUGCUAAAAGGAUGCCAACCUCAAUUGGCUUGAGUUACGAGAGAAUUCACGCUUGUCCAAAUGAUUGCAUCUUGUAUCGAAAAGAAUAUGCCUCAUUAGAGAGUUUCCCCGAGUGUAAUGUUUCGAGAUAUAAGAAAAAUAAGGUGCAUGCCAAAGUCAUGUGGUACUUUCCAGUAAUACCAAGAUUCAUACGUCUUUUCAGUGUUCCAGUAGAGGCAAAGAAUUUGACAUGGCAUGCGGAUUCAGAUGGAAGAGAGAAAGAUGGUAUGUUGAGACACCCUGCCGAUUCUCCACAAUGGGUCAAGAUUGACAAAGACUUCCCUGAUUUCUGA